CGAAAUAUUAAGAAUAAAGAAGUUAUUCUCAGGACAGAAUUAGAGUUGAGCAUAUCAGCCUACACAAGAAUCACAGGGAGAUUUUUCAGUUUCGAAACGGCUUCUGGCAUUUCAAUUGUUUAGUAAGAGUAACGGUUACCUUGCGCCCUACGAGAGUGCUGUGCGCUCCGUCACAUCUUUAAGACCUUCUAAUUAUAAAGGGAUUAGAUGAAAUCGUUCUGGGUCUGGACGCUACGAACUUUGACAUGCAUCGCAUUUAUGGUCGUCAUCCUCAUGCGGGCCUCCUAUGCCAAUCUCCUAGCCAAGCAAUUUCAUCUCGUUUUGGUGAAUAACGGCUACUGCGCUGCAGCCCCGAACGGAUCGAAGUGUGUGACAAACGACGCAAGGUAUAAGCCUCAUUGGAGAAUAAAUUCAGUUCGCGUUAUAUGGGCUGAAGAGGCAGAACGAAAUUGUAGCCAAUUGCGGGUUGCCGAUCUUAAGGCCAUCCGUUCAGAUCUUGACAAAUUGUGGCCAAGCUUCGUUACGAAGACUCCAGACGAGCUUUGGAAAAAUCAGUACAAUAGAGACAUUAGCUGCGCCAUACGGGACGGGAACAUUAGCACGCCAUUGGCUUUUUUCAAGAAGAUCAUAAAGGUUUACAAGCAAUGGGAUAUCUAUCAUAUGCUCGAGAGGGAGGAAAUCACGCCAAACUACAACGUACCCUUUCCUUUAUUAAAUAUUAAUCAUGCACUACAAAAACACGGAGUGGCUGAUAAUAUAACCGUGUUAGGCGUCGAGUGCGCGACCGACAAACGCAAUAGAAACAUCUUUUUUGGAGUUCAUUUGUGCCUUGAUGUCAACCUUGACCCAGCACGAUGUGAUUCAAAGUCAGUCCCGAAUCCGUGCGGUAAACCGGACCAGGUGGGGUAUGCUUGGUACUUGGGCGAAAAAUCGGCAGGGUCAAGCGUAUUUUGGAAGGUAUCCCCGUUUACGGCCGUAGUUGCAAAUGUGCUUGCAGUCCUAUUUUAUCGCUGCUCACUAGUUUUAUAGAUAUCAAAAUUACUAAAUAAAAAAUAAAAUUGCGAAACAAUUAUUGAA